GUUUCCCAUUGGCCCUCUCUGUCGUCCCUGUUUCAUCAGCUCUGUUCAGUGGAAGCGGCGUGGGUUUUGCUCGUAGCGUUUUCUACUUGGACUUUCUUAUUUGUUUAGAAAAUCCCACUUAGUCCACUCAAAAUGACGGAACGAAAGGGCACUGCGAAAUUGGACUACCUCAGAAAAAUUGAGUUGGAGGUCCAAAAGAAAUGGGAGAUGGAAAAAGUUUUUGAAAGCGAUGCACCCAGUACUAUUGGUGGCAGCAAAAACAAGAACAAGUACUUUGUCACCUUUCCCUACCCCUACAUGAAUGGAAGACUCCAUCUUGGUCAUACUUUCUGUCUGUCAAAAUGUGAGUUUGCAGUUGGAUAUCAGCGUUUGAAAGGAAAGCAAUGCCUGUUUCCUUUCGGACUUCAUUGCACCGGAAUGCCUAUCAAAGCCUGUGCUGAUAAGCUGAAGAGAGAGAUGGAGCUCUAUGGAUGUCCACCCCAGUUCCCAGAUGAGGAAGAGGAGGGGGAAGAUGAAACAAAAAAACUGGGGGAUGAGAUCAUCAUCAAAGACAAGUCCAAGGGAAAAAAGAGCAAAGCUGUGGCCAAGUCUGGGGCAGCCAAGUUCCAAUGGGACAUCAUGAAGUCUCUGGGCAUGCAGGACGAGGAGAUCAUGAAGUUUGCGGACGCAGCUCAUUGGCUGGAGUACUUCCCGCCGUUGGCCAUUCGGGAUCUGCAGAGCAUGGGAGUCAAGGUUGACUGGCGACGCUCCUUCAUCACGACAGAUGUCAACCCCUUCUACGACUCCUUUGUCAGGUGGCAGUUUAUGAUUCUGAAGGAAAGGAAGAAAAUCAAAUUUGGGAAAAGGUAUACCAUCUACUCUCCGAAGGAUGGACAGCCGUGUAUGGAUCAUGACAGACAGUCAGGCGAGGGAGUUGGUCCACAGGAGUAUACCCUCAUUAAAAUGAAGAUUAUUGAACCGUACCCCUCAAAACUAAGUGGCCUUAAAGGUAAGAACGUCUUCCUGGUGGCAGCGACCCUCAGACCAGAGACCAUGUUCGGACAGACGAACUGCUGGGUCCGGCCCGAUAUGAAGUACGUGGUCUUCGAGAUAAGCAGCGGCGACGUGUUCAUCAGCACGCGGCGGUCAGCCAGGAACAUGUCCUACCAGGGCUUCACCAAGGAGAACGCCGUGGUCCCGGUCGUCAUGGAGAUCCUCGGGCAGGAUAUCCUCGGCUGUGCUCUGAGGGCCCCUCUUACCUCUUACAAGACCAUCUAUGCCCUGCCCAUGCUCACCAUCAAAGAAGACAAAGGUACUGGGGUUGUCACCAGCGUUCCGUCUGACUCCCCUGAUGACAUCGCCGCCCUCAGAGAUAUCAAAAAGAAACAGGCACUGAGGGAGAAGUACGGGAUCGAAGACAAAAUGGUGCUGCCGUUUGAACCAAUUCCCAUCAUCGAGAUCCCGGGGUAUGGGAGCCUGUCGGCGCCCCUGGUGUGCGACGAGCUGAAGAUCCAGAGCCAGAACGACCGCGAGAAGCUGGCCGAGGCCAAGGAGAAAGUCUACCUCAAGGGCUUCUACGAAGGAGUCAUGCUGGUGGAGGGAUUCAAGGGGCAGAAGGUUCAGGAUGUGAAGAAGCCCAUUCAGAAGAUGAUGGUGGAGAAGGGCGAGGCGCUGGUCUACAUGGAGCCGGAGAAACAGGUGAUGUCACGUUCGGCAGACGAGUGCGUGGUGGCCCUCUGCGAUCAGUGGUACCUGGACUACGGAGACAAGGAAUGGAAGCAGCAGGCCACGGGCUGCCUGAAAGACUUGGAGACGUACGGUGACGAGACCAGGAAGAACUUCGAGGCGACUUUGGCUUGGCUGCAGGAACACGCGUGCUCUCGAACCUACGGCCUGGGAACACGGUUGCCGUGGGACCAGCAGUGGCUGAUUGAGUCCUUGUCGGACUCCACCAUCUACAUGGCGUACUACACCGUGGCCCACUUCCUGCAGGGGGGUGUCCUGAAUGGCCAGGGUCCUUCUCCCCUGGGCAUCAGACCAGAGCAGAUGACCAGGGAGGUGUGGGAUUUCAUCUUCCUGAAGAACUCGCCCUUCCCGAAAAGCGACAUUCCCAAGGAGCACCUGCAGCGGCUCCGGCGGGAGUUUGAGUACUGGUACCCCGUGGACGUGCGCGUAUCGGGGAAGGACCUGGUGCCCAACCACCUGUCCUACUACCUGUACAACCACGUGGCCAUGUGGCCUGAGGACCGUGGGAAGUGGCCACAGGCGAUCAGGGCUAAUGGACACCUGCUGCUGAAUUCGGAGAAGAUGUCCAAGUCUACAGGGAACUUCCUCACCUUGAGCGAGGCGGUUAGCAAGUUUUCCGCUGACGGAAUGCGCCUGGCGCUGGCGGACGCUGGAGACACGGUGGAGGACGCUAACUUCGUGGAGACCAUGGCGGAUGCGGGCAUCCUCCGCCUCUUCACCUGGGUGGAGUGGGUGAAGGAGAUGAUAGCCAAUCAGAACAGCCUGAGGACCGGGCCUGCCGACACCUUCAACGACAGGGUCUUUGCCAGUGAAAUGAACGCUGGCAUCAUUAAGACGGAGCAGCAUUAUGAGAAGAUGAUGUACAAGGAGGCUUUGAAAAGCGGCUUCUUUGAAUUCCAGGCGGCGAAGGAUAAGUACCGGGAGCUGGCGAUCGAGGGCAUGAACAGAGACCUGGUCUUCCGCUUCAUCGAGAACCAGACCCUGCUGCUGGCGCCCAUCUGCCCUCACCUGUGCGAACACACCUGGGCGCUCAUGGGAAAGAGCGGGUCCCUGAUGAAGGCCUCGUGGCCCCUGGCAGGGGCCGUGGACGAGGUGCUGAUCCGCUCCUCCCAGUACCUCUCCGAGACCGCCCACGACCUGCGCCUGCGCAUCAAAGCCUACCUGCAGCCGCCCAAGAGCAAGAAGGGUGACAGCAAGCCCCCAGAGAAGCCCAGUCACUGCACCGUCUACGUGGCCAAAAACUACCCCCCCUGGCAGCACAGCGCCCUCGUCCUGCUGGGGAAGCACUACAAGAACAACGGCGGCAGUCUCCCGGAGAACAAGGUGAUCGCCGCAGAACUGAGCGCCAUGUCCGAGCUGAAGAAGUACAUGAAGAGGGUCAUGCCCUUCGUCGCCAUGAUCAAGGAGAACCUGGAGAAGAACGGCCCGCGGGUUCUGGACCUGCAGUUGGAGUUUGACGAGCGAGCGGUCCUGCUGGAGAACAUUGUGUAUUUAACCAAUUCCCUGGAGCUGGAGCAGAUCGACGUGGUGUUCGCAUCCGAGGCAGACGACAAAAUUAAGGAGGACUGUUGCCCGGGGAAACCGUUCAGCGUCUUCAGAUCAGAGCCUGGGGUGCCCGUGUCCUUCAUCAACCCUCAGCCCUCCAACGGCCUUUUCACCACCAAGAUCAGCAUCCGCCAGGGCGACAGCAAGGACAGCGUGGUCCGACGGCUGGCCAAAGUCAACCGCUCCAUCAAAGACCUGUCCAAAGUGAAGCUGAUGAGGUACGACGACCCCCUCCUGGGCCCCCGCCGCGUCCCCGUCCUGGGGAAGGAGGAGCAGGGCAAGUCGGCCAUUUCGGAGAGGUGCACCUUCCACGUCGACCUGGCCGGCAAGAAGGUCCACGUGGCGGACAACGGCCUCAGCGUGGACAUCGGGGACUCCCUGGUGUACCUGAUCUAGCGGAGCCCAGCCGGCCGUGUGGGACAUUCGACAGGGAGCUUCGGAAGCGCCAGUCUGGCCCGGUCCUGGAGAGCCGCAGAGUCCGCUGGUUUCUGUUUUCACCUUAAAUUAACGCCCAAGUAACCUGGUCAGGUGAGCUAGCGGUGUAAUCGACUGCUCUGAUUGGUUAAUUAAGUGUAGAGUGACAGGGAAGCCAGCGUAGCCUGUGGUUCUCCAGGACCAGAGUUGCCGCUCCAGGCCUGGUCCACCCUCACAGCCUGAAUACUGGCCACCAUCAAGGCCUCUCCUAUUGGCUGUUGUGUAACGGGCUGAUUAUGCAAUGGCUGAACCACACUCACACACACGUUAAUAACGGUCUGGGUACAGAGGUCACCCAAUCCCCCAAAUACGAGGAACAAUCAGGAUUUCAUUUUGUGCUCCCUAUAAGGUCUUAUGACAGAUUACAAAUUAUUAUUCAUGUUCAUUAUUAUUCAAUUUUUAAAGGUUUUUGUCUAAAUCCGUCCUCCAGGUUUAUUAUGUUUUUAUGUGUUUUUUGGGGGUUGUAGGGGCUUAGGAGAACCUUCCCCCCGCCCCCCCAUUCACGCACAAGCACACGCACAAGCACACGCACACACACGCACGCACACGCACGCACACGCACGCACACGCACGCACACGCACGCACACGCACGCACACGCACGCGCACGCACGCACACGCACGCACACACGCACUUCUUUUGCAUGUGCAGCAGUAGAUAAUGAGCUGUGCCAAUACUACUGAUUUUGCCAUUGUCAGGUGGAGACAUCGUUUCUACCGUUGCGGUUGUUGUGGUUAAUAGUGCGAUGUGCCUGCACCUGUCCAAGAUAUGAGCGUGGUUCAGCUGUGUCUGCUUGGUGGUUUUCCAUAGCUCGGAGGGCGUGUGCGUGGGCUAGACCUGGACUUUGGGCCGUGCUUACAACGGGCACGUGAGCUCGUAUCUUUCUGUACAAAUAAAUAAAACCCAUUUUUCAUGUAAUAAAGACGCCCCUCAGUUGA